CAAAAGAGAAAAAACUUUAUAAUCUAAAUUAUUCUUAACUAUUUUCAAUGGCAGAUUUCUGCAGAUUUAUUGUUGCACUUCUUUUUUUCGUUUGUUUAAUUCAUGGAGGAAAAAGUUGCACAAAUGCAGAUUUAAAAAUAAAACAAGAGGCAACAGGAUCACAAGUAGGAGGAAAAAAUGAGUAUGAAGUGAAUGUCCAAAACACAUGUACAUGUGUGUUUGUAGAUGUAAUUUUAGGUUGUGGUGGAUUUCAAACCCAAGAACCAAUUGAUCCUUCCAUUUUAAAGCAAGAUGGUCAAGAUUGUACUCUCAAUAAUGGCAAUUCUAUUGCUCCCAAUUCUACCCUCAAUUUCAAAUAUGCUGCUGAUCAAAUUUUUAAUUUCACUAUUAAGAAUGCUCAAAUUGCUUGUUCUUAG